GCAAACUGGAGGAGUCUGAACGUCAGCCAGUCGAGCUGGGAGGCGAGCUAUCCAGGGCUAACGAAUUUACAUCAUUUAGAAGGACUUUUUUAUCUGGCUAUACUGGUUCUUUAACAGUUUUGCAGAUCACAAUGGCGACCGGUGCAGAUGCCCGAGAGAUACUGGAAUGGUGUGGAGGGGAGAACGAUGCCGGGCCUCUAAGUAAAAAGGACAGCAUAAUUAAUGCUGAUAUGAAAAAGGCCAAGAAGGCGGCGGACGCCCUGACGCACAAGAGACCGCAGGGGAUGCCCAGAGAGGUCUACGCGCUGCUGUACUCAGAUAAAAAAGACGCCCCGCCCCUGUUGCCUAGCGACACCACCCAGGGCUACCGCACGGCCAAGGCGAAGCUGGGCUGCAAGAAGGUGCGGCCCUGGAAGUGGAUGCCCUUCACCAACUCGGCCCGGCGGGACGGCGUCGUGCUCUACCACUGGAGGCUGGUGACCGAGGAGGGCAAGGACUACCCCUGGUCCAAAUACAACAAGACAGUGCAGGUUCCAGCGUACUCUGAACAGGAGUAUCAGCAGCAUCUCCAUGACGACGGGUGGACCAAGUCGGAGACGGACCACCUGUUCGACCUGGCCCAGCGCUUCGACCUGCGUUUCAUAGUCAUCCAGGACCGCUACGACCAUCAGCAGUACCGGAAACGCUCAGUGGAGGACCUGAAGGAGCGCUACUACGGCGUCUGCGCCAAGCUGGCCAAGCUCCGCCCGCACGCGGGGGGCGUGGCCGACUCCUACGUGUUCGACGCCAGCCACGAGCGACGCCGGAAGGACCAGCUGGAGAAGCUGUUCAACCGCACGCCCGAGCAGGUGGCGGAGGAGGAGUACCUGAUCCAGGAGCUGCGCAAGAUGGAGGCGCAGAAGAAGGAGCGGGCGCGGCGGGCCCAGGACGUGCAGAAGCUGAUCACGGCGGCCGACGCCAGCGCGGACACGCAGUGCGCCAAGCGCAAGACCACCAAGAGGAAGCUGCCCCUCCGCCCGGGGGCGGAGACUGCGGCCAUUCCCGAGACAACGGGCAUCAAGUUCCCCGACUUCAGGUCGUCUGGGGUCACGCUGCGGAGCCAGAGGAUGAAACUCCCCAGUUCGGUCGGACAGAAGAAGAUUAAAGCCAUCGAGCAGAUGCUUACAGAGCUGGAAGUGGACGUGAGCCCCAUCCCCACAGAGGAGGUGGUGCAGAUGUACAACGACCUGCGCAGUGACCUGGUGCUGCUGUACCAGCUCAAGCAGGCCCUCGGGAGCUGCCAGUACGAGGAGCAGACCCUGCGCCAUCGCCACGACGCCCUGCUCAAGAUGGGCGGGGCCGCGGCCGACGGACAGGCCGGCAGCGUGGGGGCGGAGCCUAAGGAGCAGGGCCUGGAUGCUGCAGGAGUGAUGCUCACCCCCAGCCCGAGGAAACAGAGGGAGUGGAUCCCCGGGUCUUCACCUGGCAAGAAAACCAAGCGGCUGUGAUGCGGAGCGGGGCGUGGUUCUCCUUUACAGAGGGGUCCCCGGCGCAGUGCUGGGGCGGUGCUGUGGCCUGGUCAUUUUGGUGAUGGGGGGGGGGUCUUGUUCAUCGUUCCACAGAAUGCGGUCUUGGCCAGACUGUUGCCCCCCCUCACUCCCCCCUCUCCCCUUUUUCCGGAACACGGUGUCCACACAGUCCAAACAGCCACACUGGCCACUCGCUUCUUUUUCUCCCUCUCUCUCUCCCUCCCUCCCUCCCUCCCUCCCUCUCUCUCUCUCCUUCUCUACCUCCUCUACAGCCACCGGACACCGGCGCCACCACAGAGUGGACGUUGACUGACAUUCCAUUCCAUUAUUCCCCCUCGUCGCGCUCUCGUUGGCGAAAUGAAGUCGUAUGAACUGAAAAUUGCCACGGAGAACUAAUCAGGGGGCCCGGGAGUGUGCCUGUCCGUCUAAUUGAAGCGUUGACAAGCACCUAGUUAAAUGCGCGCCUCUCCUCUGCCAUUGUAAAGAUUUUGUAAAUGUCCUGUUUAUUAUAGCUUUUCACACUGUGUGACCGCCGUGCUUAUUGGGGCAGGGAGGCUGUCAGCUGACACUUCGCGGCCCCGAGAUUCCUCCACUUUGUCGGUUGGCCGCGGCCAAAACUGUGAAUAGAACUGGAAUGAGUGCGCUCGCGCAAACGCUUAGCAACAAUGUGUUUUUUUUUUCUUUCUUCCCGUUCCUUGAAAAAUAAAAACUUUUUUUUCUCAGGAAAGUGGAUGACCUUGUGGUUUCUGUUUUUUAUUUUUUUUGGAUCACACUGUAAAUGACAUGGUAUAUUUCCAGCAGCACCUUGAUAGGCCGGUAUAUUCAAAUAAAAUCGAGGUGUUUUCAGACGUUUUUAUUUCUUGUUAAAGUACGGAAUGGUACGGUAUUUUUCAGCAUUAAAAAAUAAUUGAAUGCCAAUUUGAUGGUCCUAAUCACCAGUCAAUUUUACUGAGGUUAGUAUGAGGAAUACUCAUUCACACAUUGAGCUUGCUGUUUGUACACAUAAUAUCUGCAUAUGUACUGCUUCCAAAGGACUGAUUUAUGCUUCUCGCGUAAGCCAAGUGUCGCCUACAUUUAUGGUAGCCUGUCAAAAACAAAAUAAAUCCGCCAAUGAAGCAACAUCCGUUAAUUUAUUCUCGGUGGCCUCAGUCACGGUUCCCUCGGCUGUGACCUAAGUCACGCGUAAAAAUUACGGUGACACGAAAACGCGUCUUACUUUUUAAUAAACUUCAGAAGCGAACUUAAGACUCGGCGAAAUCCCUCGUCUCGGCGCACCGAAUCGAAAACGUGCGAAUUUUCCAGAAAUCAUCAUUUGUGAGUAGUUGUUUUUAGCCGGUUGACAGCGCGAUUUCUCCGGCAAACCCCGCGUGAGCCGAGCGCCGUUUCCAGCCCCGCGCGCAGUGGCGAGCAUUGGUAAAGGAGGCGCGGGGGGCAGUUUGUCUUGCGUGCAGCAGGGCUCUGCCAGGGCUGUCAGCUGGUUUAUGGCCCUCCCAUUAAGCUCCUGACAUGGUUAAUGCUGAUUGCGUGGCGCGCAGCGAGGGGCCUGACAGUAACGGCGCGCUGAGUGACGGAGAUGAUGUUAACAAGCUGCAGGAGCGGCCGGGGCUCGUGUUUACAGUGCGCCGGUGCUAAACCUGUCCCGCCCAUAAAGCAUUUCUCCCUGAUACUGGCACACGGAGGAGGGGAAGCUAGACCGCUACAUAAUGUGGAACCCAGUUAAACUGACGGUUUUUUUACUCAGUAUAGUUUCAAAGAUACAUAUAAAAACUUUUUAAAAUUAAGAUGCAUUGUACCACAUGAAUAGCGCCGGCGUGAAUCUCAGUAGUGCCUCCGUUGUUGCGACACUACAACUGUAAUUACUGGAAAAAUAUUGAUGUUUUCAGUAAGUUCUUGUAAAUGGUGUGUAAAAUAAAGUAACAGUAUUUUGCUGAAA